UGAACUUUCUACUUAUAACUGUUUUUUUCCGAAUCUUGUAUGCAUAAGCUAAUUUACAGGAACAAGAAACCUAUCGAGGUCCUCAAACUUCUUUGAUAUAGAGAGUGUUAAGCUGGAAACUCUGGGUUAAGAUAGAUCGUCGGAUCUUCUUGAAACGUGACCUUAGGUCGUUGACUCCAAGAGCUCUGGUUGUUGGACAUUCACAACGGUGCAGCGUGCCAUACUUUUGAUUUUUCUGCAUCUGGAAUAAAAAGCUGAGAGUAAGUAUACUUACGUCACUAUUCAGAAGAGGCCUAAUUUUUCAAUGAGUGCAGACCAGCCCAUACUACCCAUUGUUAUACAUGAAGAGCAUCACAUUGAAGGUGAAAGUUUGGAGGAGAGUAAAAGAUCCCAUACGGUUGAUGCCGCCAUAGAUUUUAUAGGGGGAACAAACGGGGCCAUUGCCUCAGUAUAUGUUGGUCAGUCCCUGGACACAGUGAAGGUCAAGAUGCAGACCUUCCCUCACCUGUACCGGAACGCCCUGGACUGCUUCCUUCAGACGUAUCGUCAGGACGGGAUCUACCGGGGACUUUACGCGGGGACAGUUCCAGCACUUGUAGCCAACAUCGCUGAGAACUCCGUCCUAUUCCUGUUCUAUGGACUUUGUCAGAAGGUCAUCAUGACUCUCCGCGGCCGCAGUGAUGUGUCCCAGCUACAUCCAGUAGAGAAUGCAUUUUCUGGGAGUGGAGCAGCAUUUUUCUGUGCAUUUACUCUCACACCAACAGAACUUGUUAAAUGUAGACUGCAAGCCAUGAGAGAAAUGGCAUCUCAGGGAAAACUCGAGGGAGGGUUAGAAAGAUUGAAAAUAGGCCCAUGGGGAAUCACCAAAGAAAUUCUACAGGUUGAGGGAAUACGGGGAAUCUUUAAGGGUCUGACUUCCACAAUGGCCCGAGAAAUGCCGGGAUAUUUCUUUUUCUUUGGUGGAUACGAGAUAACGAGACAACUACUGACACCACAGGGGAAGACCAAAGACGAGAUAGGUCCUGCCAGGACUAUUGUAGCCGGUGGAGUAGGAGGAAUGUGUUUAUGGUCGGCCGUUUUUCCAACUGAUGUCGUCAAAUCUAGGAUACAAGUAGAAAGCACUGUGGGUAAAAAGGCUCCAGGAUUCCUCGUCACCUUCAAUAAAAUUCUCAAAGCAGAAGGUCCUAAAGCAUUGUACAAGGGCCUUGGUCCGACAUUAGUGCGAACCUUCCCGGCUACAGGAUCACUGUUUUUAGCCUACGAAACUACUAAAAAAUUCUUAACUAACAUGGCCGACAGAAGAGAGUAAUGGUACAGACGGGUACUCUGAUGACUGAUUGCAUAAUAAAUAUUUAGGGCAGGGGGUCAGGAAAUCCCCAAGGCACGUGUUUUGGGGACAGUCAAAAUCUAUCACGUAAUUAGGGAUCGAAUGGUUUUAUUUUUGCAUGCUGCCAACAUCAGUCAACAUAAUAAAAUCGGGAAAAUUUUCAGAGAUUGCUUUGCCGUUUGUUGAAGGCAAACAAACUGUGGACAGAUCAUCAGAAUUUGAAAUACUGGGAAAUGAUGUGACAGAUGUGCAGAACGGAGGUUUUUUUGACAUUUACAUUCUAUGAUGUAGAAAAUUGAUUCAAUGAAACUUUUCUCCACAUUUUUAUUACAAGUGAUCUGCUUUGUUGUUUUAUACUUCGUUAAGAUUAGAUUUUUUUUAUAAUCAGGUUGAAGCAAAGUUGUGCUGUGCUAAUGUCUCAUGUGUCUUUACGACGUAAAAUAAUUAUAUGUAUUGAGAACUUCUGUUUCUUGAUUGUUUACCAUUUUUGGA